AUGUUCCUGUUUCCUUCUGAUGCAUCCUCUUCACAAUGGCCAUCCGGAUUAGCCAAGGACAUAUCACCCAAAAUAUUUUCUACAGCUAAACACGACCACCAACACGAUGAACAACCCUCUCUAAAACAUGCUAUGAAUCAAAAGCUUCUAUCUCAUGCUGCUGUCAUUGACAUGGUACACAUUACCUUUAUCAAAGUACAGACUACAGAAGACUCCCUGCAUUCAUAUAAAGAAGUUUCACUCUUUAUAUGCAACGUUCGCAUCCGGAUGCCUUUUACAAUGAAGCAAAAGGCCAGAGCCCAGAGCGUUAGCAGGGGGGACAAUGUACCUUUUUGUUACUACAUGUUGAAUCUAAAGGAACGCCAUAAUGGUGAUAAGGGAAUAACCAUUACAUAUAUUCGUUGUGACCGCAACGUCAUCAAAACAGGCCCGGUCCGGCACAACGAUGUCUGAGCUGGCACUUUUUUUUUGCAGUUCGAAAUAAUUAUUGUAGAAAAUCACAGGAUUUAAUACUCUGGGUGCGUAACAAAGUUGCGUAUGGACAACUUCUUUGUUUUCUUAUAGACAAUUG